AACGGAACGUCCGACGCCCAACAACUUCAAUCGCGCUCUCCAAAAACGUGUUUAAAAACCCGAAAAAUCCAGAGAGUGAAGUGAGAGCGGAAGAGCUGCGGAGAAGAACCGGCGGAACAGCAAACUGAACAGCGGACCGCAGAAAAACACGGCGGAGAGACAAUAAAAGUCGGCCGGCGGCCAAAAGCGCGCUCAUUGCGUGCGCUGUUUUCGCAACGGCAACGGAAAAUUAGCCACCCAGUUGAGGUGCGAGCAGGACGGCGUGUGUACGGCAGAGGAAUACGGAUUUUCAGAGUACGGGUAGUACGAAAAUUACGGGUGUACGGAAAACAGGAGGACGCAGGAGAACGGAUACGCAGCCAGGAUGCGACACGCAUUUGUUGGAUUAAUUGUGUGCUGGCUGGCAGUUUGUCAACCGCAAGCCGAGGCGCAGUUAGGAGGCUUUGGGUUCCAGCCGCAGUUGCAGCCGCAGUUCGCCUACCAGCAGCCGCAGUUCGCCUACCAGCAGCCGCAGUUCCAACAGGUAUACCGCCAGCCGCAGCAGGUGUAUCGGCAGUACCAAAACCAACCACAACCUCUGGUCUAUUACCAACAGCCCCGCCAGCGACAGGGAUCCGUCUCGAAGGCGAACACGAACGCCUACGAGCGGCAGGUGGACUUCGGCAACAACUUGGAGUACACCCAGGGCCUGUCCAACUCGCGGGCGGUGACCAAGCAGAAUGGGCAGCGCGUGGUGACCAAGAGCCAGGCGCAGACGAGGGACGUGGACCUGGGCGGCCUGCAGCUGGGCAACACGGUGACCAGGACCCGCACGAACGCCAAUGGGCAGGUGUCGCAGGGCAUCGCCGACCAGGUGAGGAUCGGAAACGUGGGCCUGGGUGCCUCGCUUUCGCCCCAGAAUCUCCAGAACGGCUUCGGCCUGCAGCGCGGCGCCGAUGGUGACCUCCGCCUGGGCCUGGGCUUCCUUAACCUCGACCUGGACCGCAACGUGGCCAAUCCGAACACCCUGGCCCAGGCCCAGGUGAAUGCCCAGGGCAAGGGCGCCAAGGCGGGAUCGAACAGCAAUACGCAGUCGAACACGCAGCAGUUCGGCGGCGUCACCGUCACCGACACACGGGCCAACUCGAAUGCCUUCGGCAAGACCAGGAGGGGCCAGACGUCGGCCACCACCGGCGGCUUUGGCGGCAAUGCGGCCACCAACGGCCAGAGCUUCGGCGGUCCCUUCCAGCGGCUGGUGCGCCAGCCCCAGGUGUUUGGUGUCCGGCAAAAGAGGAGGGCCCAGUUCGUGCCCUUCGGCUACCCCGGCGGCAACUUCGGCCGGGGACCCUUUGGCCUGGGGCCCCUUGGCCUGGCUCUCGACCGGCCGAGGAGGCAGUUCGGCGGCGGCUUCGGCGGCGGCGGCUUCGGAGGAUUCGAAGGCCCUGAAUAUGGCGGUGGUCCCCAGUUCGGUGGCGGUGGUCCUCAGUUCGGUGGCGGUGGUCCCCAGUUUGGCAACGAAUUCUACGAGCAGCAGCCCCAGCAGCAGCAGCAGCACCACCAGCAAAGGAAGAAGGGCAACAAGAACCAGGCGCAUGGCAACGCGCAGGCCCACGGAGGACCCGGGUUCAACCAGCAGGCCUCGACGAACAACCAUGCGAGUCCCGGGAACACGGGCAGCAGCUCGAUCAGCUCCAACCUGGCCAUGGACGGCAGCAGCGGACAGGUGAGCUCCGCCAACACAAACACCCACCAGGGCCAGACCGCGAACGGGGGCUUCGAGAGUGGCCAGAACUCGCAGAGCCAGGCGCUGAACUUCAAGCCCGGCCAGCAGCAGGCCUCCAGUGCGAACGCCAACACCGGCCACACGCAGCAGGGCGAUCGCGACACCUACACCUCGAACAGCGGGUCCACGUCGACGAACAACAACCAGUUCGGCUCCUCGACGAACACGGCCAACACCAACUCGCAGGUGACCAAGGAGGGCAACCGGGAGGACGCCACCAGCGAUGCGAACAGCCAGAGCAUCUUCCAGGGCAACAAUGGCCAGGGCGACGCCACCGCCCAGACCAAUGCCCAGACGAGCAGCCAGCAGGGACCCGGCGGAUUCGUGACCAACUCGGCCUCCAGCAGCGCCACCGCCACCGCCCAGAACGGCCAGUCGGCCAAUGCCAAUGCGAACGCGAAUGCAGGUGGCUUCGGGAAUGGCGGUGGUGCUGGCGCGAAUGCCGGCGCCAAUGGCGGUAACUUCGGUAAUUUCGGCGGUGGCGGCGGUGGUGCCAAUGCCAACAGCAACGCUUUCGGCGGGGACUUUGGCGGCUUUGGAUUCUUCGGACUUCGGCAUCGUGCUCAGCAACAGAUUAGACUGCAGCGCUGGGGGCCACGCCCCCAAAACGGCACUUCGUCCAGGACCUCUUCGAUAAACGAUAACUUUGAGUAUGUGUACUUUAACCACUCGUCGUCUCGCCUGGAGGAUUUUCAGCCUGAAAGCUCGGGGAAUUCUAGGCAGGACUUGGAGGACGUUGCACAAUCACCACUCAACACAUCGGUGGAUGCCUUCGGACCCUACGAUAGUACCCAGCGGCAAGGCCGCACCUUCAGCUUGAUCUACGACUGGAUCAGUGGACUCUUCAACUCCUGCGUUUCGCCCUGCACGUUGGAGGCCUUCCAGAAGCAGACCUGCUGUGAGACCUAUGUGGUGGAUCCCUCUUAUCCGCCACUCCCGCCCCCGCCCCCACCACCACCGCCUCAAACUUGCUGUGCCCCUGUAAGACCCCCCUACCCACCUCCACCGCCACCCAGACCACUGCCACCGCCCCCACCCAUGCCCCCCCCCUACCCGCCCGUCUAUCCCAAUAAGAAAACGCCCGUGGUGGUGGUGGCCACGCCCAUCAACUGCUGCACCGUGUGCACAUAUACCUACUACGGACCACCGCCCUGUGGGCGGUUUUACAACAACGGCAGCAGCAGCGGGGGCGACGGCAAGAAGGUCACCAUCUAUGUGCCGCCACCCUACUAUGGUCGCUAG